AUGAAGUCAGCCAUCAGUGGGAUCAUCAUCACCGGCGCCCUCUUGCCAACUCUCGCUCUGGCGAAGGGAGGCUCGAAGGCGACAGACCCCCCUCAUUGUGUCAACUCCUGUAUGGUUGACGCGACCAGAAAGAGGGACUGCGUUCCUUACUACGAGAAGUGCUUCUGUGGAAAGGAAUACGAGGACCUUUUCAAGGCCUGUGCCGAGAAGGAGUGUGCCGAGAAGGAACUUGACGACGCUAUUAGUGCUGGUUUCGGACGCUGUAAUGCCACGGUCGGCGUUACCUACAGCACUUCGAUGACAUCCGAGACUUCUGGUACAGCAGCUCUUGCUGCCGUCACUCCCUCGAUCCCCCAUAAUGUACCCUGCAGGGUCAAGCAUCCGGUGGUCGUCGUGACCAAGACCAUAACGACACCUUUGGGCUCUUCAAGCCCUUCAAGCUCUUCGAGCCCUUCGAGCCCUCCUACCGCCCCUGACAUUCCAAGCCCUCCUCCUACCGCGGACACUUCGGAAACUACUGUUCCCACGGGUGCUUCGUCCACGGGUACUUCGUCCAAGGCUGCCACUGCCACCGACUCUGGUGCUGAGAUGGCAUACGUUGGAUCACUUGGUCUAUUGUCCAUUGCGACCUUGCUCUUCCUCCUGUAA